CCACCUAUUAAAAUAUAUUUGUAUAAGAAUUAUAAAAAAAUUACUUUUUAUAUGAGCCAUCCAUAUUUCAUUGAAAAAACUGUACACUAUAUUUCUAUACUACUAAUAACCAUUUAUAUUUCCCUUACUUAUAUAAUACAAAUAAAUCUUUUCACACGCUAUGUACAAAUAUAUUUAAAUAUACAUAUGCGACAUACACAUCAUGUAUAAUAGGAAAUGUACUAAUUGUAGUUGCUUAUAAUUACAUUGCAUGAAAAUCGAUUAUCCCAGUUGGUAUUACUAUCUCUUCUCUAAUACAUUAUCAUCUAACGAUCUAAGGAUGUUAAUGCAAAAGACUAAUAAAAUGCCGUCCCAUCAGCUUAAUGAACAUAACAUUUUGAACGCAGUCCACAGGACUUUCAGCUCGAGAUACUAGGUAAUAGUCAACAAACGAAAUUGGAAGAGUCACGAUCAUGGUAGAUAUUAUAGAAGGGAUUAUAUAUCCUCUUUCCAUAACAGUUUUCUUCUUUGGUCCCGGAAUUUUUAGAUAUCCUUUGCAUAACUCGAGAUUAUAUCUUAAUCUUUUCUCUGCGCUAUUUCUGUGGAGUGCUUAUGUGUAUGGAUUUUAUUACGUAGUGAUCUCUUGGCCUGAAAUAUUGGGUGACUUUAUAAAUUCUUUUGCUGUAAUAAUGAGUUUGAUUGUGACAAUAAUGUCUAUAAUUAUUACUUUCCACAAGAAGAAGGUACAGUUUCAUUUUAAUGGUGCUUGAACAGCGUGAAAUCUGAAGUGAAAUGAAUAACAAUAUAAUAUAUAUAAAUACAUAACAAUAUUAAAUUCAAUAAUUUGCAAUAUUUUAAAGUAUUUCAUACAUUUAUAUUUCACAUUUAUAUUUAUUGAUCUACAUUUUAGAUUAUAAAAAAUUUCAGUUUUGAUGUCUACGUAAAAAAUUCUGAUAUUUGCCAAAAUAAACUUUAUUUAAAAAUUUUGGUUUUUGAAGAAAUAAACGUUGUAUAACACUUAAUUAAUAAAUUUUCUUUUUACAUGAUAUAGUAAAUAACAUAACAGUUAUAAUAAUAUUUUUACAAAUCGUAGCUUUAAUGUAAUUAUAUUAUUAAUUAUAUUCUUUUCGAAAAACUAACUUUCUAUAUAUUUCUUCUUGCAAUAGAAUUUUCGUAUGUGUAUAAGAAAAUUAAUUCUUGUGGACGAUACAUUAGAGAAACUUGGAACACCCAAGGAAUAUCACAAAAUACGAAAUUCGAUAAAGCAGAUGUUGAUUAUAUGGUUUAUGAUGAUAUGCGUCACGUUAACUAGUGACUCUUUACUGUGUAUCGAGGUAUUUAAAGAUAUAAAAGCCAUGCUUAUUCCACUGUUUAUGGAUUAUUGUCUCUGGAUCAAUACCUUCAUGGAUAUAAUCUUUAUGGUUCUUCUAAGGUAUAUCGGUACUAGAUUCAAUAUAAUAAAUGAACAUAUUAGACGACUGUCCGAAACUGAAAAAUGUGGAUUGAGAUGCACGAAGAAGUCUGUGAUCACUCGCCAUUAUGUUGGAAGUACAAAGAAUUGCAAACGUACAGUUUGGAUCACCAUGUAAAUUGAUAUAUCAAACACUUUUGAAUCUCAGUUGGACAGAGAAUUGCGAAGAGAAUCAUAUAAGCAUACAAAUGUAUUUAUUAGUAACAAAUAGAGACGAGAUUCUAUAUAAGACUAGAACAAGACUGACCGCAAAAUGUUUGCUAAUUGUAAGAAUGGCGUCGCAUAUCUCCUCCUAGUGGUGCUGGACAAUACUCAAUAAUCAUCCUUGCGAAAAAAAGGAAAAAAAGAAACGUCAAACCUAUGCGCUGUGAAAUAUUUGAAUGUAUUUUCCUACACAAAAGGUGAGAUAUGAGAAAUUUGCACCAAUUAAACAAUAUUUAAUGUAACAAACAUAAUGUAAGAAACUUGCUACAUCCAAUAACGUGAAAAUUAGCACAAUAAUUAAUUCUUCGCAUUUAUGAUUUUCUUAGUAUUAGGUUUUAGUAUCUUUUCUCUUUUCCUAUUUGUGCCCUUCUUCUGCUAAUAUCAUUUUAAAAUUACUUGGUGUCAUCAUAAGAUGCUUUAAGUUAGCAGCAUUACAUUUCUUACAUACAAUAUUUUUUCUUGGUGCAAAUUUGUCAUAUGACCUUCUUAUAGGAAAAUUAAUUCACUUAAUUCAAAACGAGUCGAUUUGGUCUUUUUUUACUUUUCUUUCAAAAGAUACUUGUUUAAUAUAUAUUUUUUAUUAAAUUAUUAAACCUUUGUUUGGUAACCUUGGUUUGGUACAUUAAUAUAUAAAUAAAAUGACAUAUACCUAAAGUUUUGUGUAUAACAUCAAUCAGUACAUGGAUUCUUCAGCUUUAAUUAUUUGCAAACUCUCCUAAUAAAAAAUAAAAAAGCUUGAAAAAUACGUAUCGUUGGGCGAUGACAUUUCUAAAUAUUUGAAGUGAAAUUCAGCAAUCUUGGUCUUUGCAACAGAACAGGGCUCCUUCAUAGGACAUGCAGGAUAAAAGUGAAAACACUUUUAUAACAUAAACGGACCAUGCACUGUCGAUUGAGCUUACAAAUUGGAAAUAUUAUAAUCGUGCUAGCGAUCAAUUAAUUAUGCUUCAUAUAAAUAUAUACAGCCCAUCUCGUUUCUUGUUUGCUUGGUGAGAGACACUACUACAAGUCUCUUGAUAUAUUCAAAUAAAUCGACAAAGAACAUUUUGUAAAAAAUUAUUUUAUUAAUCAAAUGAACAAAAACAGAAAUAUUAUCAUUGUUUUACUCUUAUUCAUGGUCUUUCUGCAUUGAUUUGCCAUAAAUUCAUCUACUAAAACCUGCUAAAUUAUAUGUUUCAUUUUUUUCAGGCACCUUCAUUCGGAACUUUGCCAAGUAGCACGCGAUGUAAAUAGUCUAUUCGGAAUACAGAUGACUUUACAGAUGAUUUCUUAUUUCGUUCUUAUAAUUGCAAUGUGUCAUAUGCAAUUCAAUGUGUUGUGUUUCAUACAAGUAUACAUGCAUAAAGUAGUAACACUAAAACUUCUACUUAACACCAACGUAUGGCUUACUGUUUACUUGACAAGACUGAUUUUGCUGAACCAUACCUGUGAGAGUGUUAGUGCUAAGGCACAAAAUACCAGAACUGUACUCUAUAAUUUGAUCAAUUUUACUCGUUACGUUAAUAUGCGCGAACAGAUUUUGCAAUUUGUACUGCAAAUAUCACUUCGACCAUUGCAGUUCAGCGGAAUGGGCAUGUUCCACUUUGGUUACACAUUUACUCGUAAGUUCUUCCUGUGGGUGGUCACUACUAUUAUUUUCCUAAUGCAAAUGAAGAGUUCUCCUAUAUCUCGAACAUUAAUUUUCGAAGGAAAUAAUAUGACAUGUGAUUAGUAGAAAACAAUAUAAAAUUAUACUACAAUUAUAUGUUUUAUGCUUGUUAAUUGUAUAAUAUAUUUCUUUUGUAUAAUACAAGUAAAUCUUUUCAUAAGCUAUAUACAAAUAUAUUUAAACAUAUGUGACAUACACAUCAUGUAUAAUAGAAAAUGUGCUAAUUGUAGGUGCUUAUAAUUAUAUUGGAUGAAAAUCG